GUCAGAUCGGAGGGAAGCCUAUUCCAUCUACUUCUUCCAAUCUAUCUUCAAUCUAUUCGACAUCCUGGUAUACGAGCCAUGGUUACAUUGACACAGCGACAGCAUCGUUAAGGAUCUAGAUUGUCAAAAGUUGAUGUCGUCAAUGUCUGUAUGUGCGCCGUUUUGGCAAUACGAAAUGAGGGGAAAUUCGCCUCCCGGAGAGAUAAAUAAGGCUCGAUGGAGCCGUGGUAUCAAUCUCUCCAUCAACGACAACAACAGCAGCAAUCUCAGAGCAUCAAUCUUAUUACUUGAAUUCAACUCAGGUGCUUCGAGCUCAUUAGUUUGAUUUUCAUCAUGACACAGUCGAUAAUCAAGUCCGAGGAGUCGAACCCUCCAAGCCUACACAUCGUCAAGCAGUGGAAGGAGGUCAAAGAGAGUCUGCCCUUCGAUGACACUCAAGACUUUGUGAACGCUAAACGGGGCUGGAGAGGUAGUCUCGGUGACCCCAACCAGGUCAUUGAUGCUCAGGGCAAUGUGGUGUGGAACAACGAUGCCUACGACUUUUUGAAGGACGACGCCCCAUACUCGGCCAACCCAAGUCUGUGGCGCCAGUCGCAACUGACUCGCAUGAAUGGACUGUACCAUGUCGCCGGACCCAUUUACCAAGUGCGGGGGCUUGAUCUCUCCAACACGACCAUUAUCGAGGGCGAUGAGGGCAUCAUUGUCAUCGACCCCCUCACUUCGCAAGAGACCGGCGCUGCUGCACUCGCUCUCUACCAGAAGCACCGUGGCACUGACCGAGCCGUCAAGGCUGUCAUCUACACCCACUCUCACGUUGACCACUUCGGCGGUGUCAAAGGCUUCGUCAGUGAAGACGAUGUCGAGAAAAAUGAGAUCAAGAUCAUUGCCCCCGAGGGUUUCCUAGAGCAUGCUGUGUCCGAGAACGUCUACACCGGUACCUCAAUGAGUCGCCGCGCUGCGUACAUGUACGGUGCUGCCCUCGAUCAAGGACCAAGGGGCCAGAUUGGCGCUGGACUUGGACAGACUACCUCAACCGGCGUCGUCACCCUCAUCGCACCCAACAUGACCGUCAGACGCACGGGCGAAAAGAGAACCGUCGAUGGCAUCGAGAUGGAGUUCCAGAUGGCACCUAACACUGAAGCGCCCUCUGAAAUGCUCAUCUGGUUCCCCGGCCUUAACGCACUCUGCGCCGCUGAGGACGCCACACACACCUUCCACAACAUCUUGACCCUGCGUGGUGCGGUGGUCCGUGACCCUCACUCCUGGGCCAAGUACCUCACAGAGACCAUCGACCGAUACGGCAGCCAAGCCGAGGUCGUCUUCGCCCAGCACCACUGGCCAACCUGGGGCAACGACAACAUCCUGAAGUUCCUCACCUACCAGCGCGAUCUGUACGCAUACGCGCAUGACCAGACCCUCCGCCUCCUGAACCAGGGAUACAACGGCCCCGAGAUCGCCGAAAUGCUCACCUUGCCCCCGGCUCUAGAUCAAUCUUGGUAUUGCCGUGGCUACUACGGCUCUCUAAGCCACAACGUCAAAGCCAUCUACCAGCGCUAUGUCGGGUGGUUCGACGGCAACCCAGCCCACUUGUGGGAACACACCCCCGUCGACAAGGCCAACCGAUACGUGGAUCUCAUCGGCGAGGACAAGGUUCUCGAAGAGGGUACCAAAGCAUACCUAAAAGGCGACUACCGCUGGGCAGCUGAGCUUCUAAGUCACGCCGUUUUCAAUAACCCGGACAACGAGAAAGCCUGCAAGAAACUAGCAGAUGUGUACGAACAGCUCGGAUACGGUUCUGAAAAUGGUACCUGGAGGAACUUCUACACUUCCGGAACGACCGAGCUGCGCUAUGGCAAUUUCGGCACGCCUACGCAGUCAGCUGCGGCCGAUGUGCUGGGUCAGCUAACCCCGGAUAUGGUCCUUGAUACUCUCGCUAUCAAGAUUAAUGGGCCCGAGGCGUGGGAUAAGAAGGUGCUUAUAGAUCUUGUUGUUUCGGAUCAAGAUAAUAAGACGUACCAUUCCUGGCUGUCUAACGGGGCUCUAGUCUACAGCACUGCUGACCAGUCGAACGCUGCUCAGGUCACUCUGACUGGUACGGCUAAGCAGUUGACUGCGCUGGCUGUAUAUGGACCUGAUCAUGAUGCUUUGGUGAAUGCUGGUAUUGUGAUUGAUGGGGAUACUACUGCGCUGGAUACUCUUGCGUCGUUGCUUGAUCCGGGUGAUCCGAACUUCAACAUUGUUAAGCCUUAGGUGGUAGGACUAGCUUACAGAGGACUGGUUAAAGAGGCCGGUCCAGUCGUUGUUAUAGUAGUCUAAGUCAAUUAUUUCCUUGACUUCUUGGAUUCAUAUGGUUUCUCAGGAUAAGCAACCUCUGUUAGUACUGUCUAGGUACGAUUGUUAUCAAGUAUCUGAAUAUAGUUACAACGUUGAGUUUAUAGUGGGC